UUUCGUGAGUGCUGCAGUGUGCUUUGACGAUAAAUCAAGUCAGUGUCAUAGAGACUUAAAAGCAGGACUGGAUGUGAGAUACUCUCCAUCCAGGUGCAGAAUUUAAAGUGUUUGUUUCUUUUUAAAUGCUGAAGCAAGAACCAAGGAUGCAGGUGUAGUGUAGUAUUAUUCAGUUUUCAAUUUGGGGUAGAAAUCUGAUGGGAUUUGUUGAGGAAAUAUGACUGAGGCAUGUUUCUGCUCAACCAGUGAAUUAAUAUUCGUCAAGACCGACUUGUGGUAAGUACUAUUAGAGCUGUUAUUUCUAUAUUACUAUAAGCACCUAUUAAUGCCUUCACAGAAAUUCUAUGCACAUCUGUCCAGGAAGAAAGAUGACCAACAUAAAAGCAAAAACUCUUAUUCUGACUGUGACAUUAUAAACGGAUUAAAGGAUUUAGAGCUCUUUAUAUAAUUUGACUUCUCAUGCCAAGCCACAAAUCCUUAUAGAUCUCAGACUGCAAGCUGUUUCAAAAAUGCAUCAUAAAUGCACCAAAUAUACCAGUUGACUCUCCUUCUUUUCAGCUCAACUUGAUGGUUCUGCACUGGGACGAACAAGACCAGUGUCUUGGUUAAUCUAGAACAUCUACAACCAUUUAUUUUGAAUGGAGACUCUUUGAGCUAUUGAAGAUGCUCUGCAUCAUAUUAUUACUCUUCACUUUCCUCAUCGUUGGGAGCUCGAAGCUCUGCCCUCAUCAGUGUUCUUGCUACGACGCAUCUGAGCUGGUGGACUGUCGAUCCCGAGGGUUCACUCACAUUCCCCACAGUAUUCCACAUGGAACAUGGCUCCUGGACCUCAGUGGGAAUAAGUUGUCGGAGUUGAGGAGUACCUCCUUUGCUGGGAUAUGGGUUCUCCGGGUCCUUCUGCUUUCACAAAGCAACAUGCAGGUGGUGCAUUCUAAGGCUCUUUCCUCUCUGACCUUCCUGGAAAAGUUGGAUCUGGCUUACAACGAGCUCCGUGUCCUUCCUCCAGAUUUCUGUCAAGGGUUAACCGCUCUUAAAGAUCUCAAACUUUCCCACAAUGCUCUGGAACGCCUCGAGUCUCACUCUUUGGAGGACCUAGAAAGUCUGGAGAGGUUAGAUCUCAGUCACAACCACAUUCAGGUUAUCGAAGUUGGGGCAUUUCGUGGACUUACCAUGCUAAGGCAUCUUAACCUUGCAUGGAAUCAGCUGACAGUCCUCCAAGGCGGAUUGCUCACCAUGCAACAGAGUCUUGGAGUUCUUCUCUUGAACCACAACAAUAUCUCCAAGAUUGAAACGGACGCUCUGGCCCCCUUACAAACCCUGACCAUUCUGAACUUAGAAGCCAACCAGCUGAGGAGCCUGAAGUUCAAGACGUUCUUGAACCUUCAGACGCCCAGCACGCAUCUGCAGAUGUCGGAGAACCCUUGGAUGUGUGACUGUGAACUUCAUCGCGUCUUCACUAAGAUACUCCAUGUCAGACAUCUCCACGUGGACGAUUACAUGAAUAUCACGUGCCAUUCUCCGUACUUACUGGCCGGAGCAUCUCUGGGUUUGAUGCACAGUCAGCUGUGUAUCGCAGAAACAGCCACUGUCCUGGUGAUUACCGCAACUGUGAUGGUCACUGUGGUGGCCGCCUUGGUUAUGGCAGAACGCAAGCGCAAGAAUCAACAAAUGAACCUGGAAAAACAAGGAAAUGAUCCUAUGCCUUGGGAGUCUCGCAAAUGAAGAAACUCAGCAGCUGAUAGCUAUACAGGCUUAUCUUAUUUUACACAACAGGUCUUCAUUUUUGUGCAUGUAGUACUCACUUCAACAUGAAAUCAAAACUUACUUUCCCAAUACAUGUUCCUAGUCUUAUUUUGAAUGGACAUUCCUCAUCAAAAUAUAAGAGUGCUGCAGGGAUGAUGCAUUUUUUUAGGCCAAAACCUACAAACAAGCAUUUCAGCACUUUUGGCUCAUUUGUCCUGAAAGUUUUUUUGUUGUUGUUG